AUGAAUGGAACUACUGAGCUAGAGACUGAGGCUCCCAGCGGGCUCGAAUCGGGAGUGCAGCUGCUUGGCGGUGAUGAUGAACUGACUGCUCGUCAAUCAGCCUCUCCACUGGCUACGCCACGCGUUAUGCGAGCUCCAGAUACGAAAUUCUACUUCCAAAUUGUCGUAUUCGGUGUUGGCAAUACCAUCUUUCGCGUCCCGAGGCACGGAUUUGAAGUCCCAGGGACUAUAUUCGAAGCCCUGUUCGCCCUUCCUCCAUCCCCCAAUGAAGUCAACAGUGUUGAAGGACUCAGCGAUGAUCAUCCUAUUGUCCUUGAUGGAGUUGAGGAGGACCAUUUCAGAGGCUUCCUCGGCGCCUUGUAUCCUUUCGUUCAAGUCAUGACAUACAACGACUGGGUCGGGGCUCUCCAUCUCGCCACGAUGUGGGAAUUCGGAGAAAUCAGGAAGAAAGCAAUAUCAGCUAUCUCUCCUAUGCUCGCCGAAAAGAAUGCGGCAGAGAUCGUCUUGCUGGCCAAGAAAUAUCGCGUCGUUGAUUGGUUGAGGGAUGCUUACACCCGGCUGGUCGAACAACCCACCCUGACACUUGCAGAUGUCCGGAACCCGUUCACAUUGGACUACGAAACCAUUUCGCAGAUAUUCUAUGUUCGGUCGGCAUCCCCUCAUUACACGAUGCAAUUUGUCUACUGCCCCUAUUGCUCAAAUCACAUCCAAGGAUACCAGUCGUGCCCCUACUGCACCCAGGGAAGAUCGUUAGUAAACCGAGCCACCACUAGCAGAAAGGAUUUGCUCCAGGAUAUUUUCAAAGCAGAAUUCGACUCCAUGGUUCUGAGGGACGAUCACGUUGAUCCCCCGCUUCCACCUGCGCCUUCGUUUGAACAGGCUGAAACACAAAGUAAUGCGGAUGGAUCGGUGCCAUCUGCUCCGCGGAAGAAGAAAAAGAAGAAAAAGUAA